AUGCAUAAGUUUCGACCCUAUGUUAGACGACAGAGCAAGUCUUUCACUAGUGACAGGUUUUUGGUGUGCGCACUCUUCGGUUUUUUCGUGUUUCUUUUGUGCUUGGUGCUAGCGUUGUUCAAUCGGCACCAGACGAAAAGGCAUGCAGCCGCGCUCCAAGAUCGUUUUAUUUUACAUCCGAGGCACGCUUCUUUUAACUAUGUUCUCCAACCUGAGAACUUUACGACUUUGGCGCUGACGGGCCCAACACUUUACGGAACCUCUGUUCUGAGGACUAUCGACAGGGCGCUCGCACGCACGUUUACGGAGCUGCAAACGAGUUCGCGUUCCGAAGGGCGCGAGCCUCCGGUAAUCACUGUCUUUUUUCCGGUCUGGAGACCUGGUGUCGAGCGGUCUGGCCCCAGAGGGCGCGCGACAUAUAUGGAACAAAGUAUUGGCGACGCGCAGGCGUUGGAGGCGCUCCGCAACUGGUUUUACCAGCGAAACCUUAGACCCGAGUUUGGAGGCCGAAGUGUGCUUCAUCCACGUCGUUGGCUGGAGGAAAUUCGCAGGCAACCAGAAGUCCUUGAUGUAGAAAUCAUAGAUGGUUUCGUGGUGCCGCGAAUCAGCACACACAACCCGCCAACGUACACCUUUCAGUUCCUGAAGAGUCUCGCCGAUCAUGCCCCGUUGUCAUACAAUGGAACCUGGAGCAGGAAUGCAGCCCGAGCGUGCCUCGUGGAGAAUCGGCUCUGUGGGCGAGACUCACAUGCUCUGCAUAGCGAGUUCACCUGGUGGAGUGCAGAUCACAGGCUCGCAGCUCGUCGUCUUCACCAACGCUUGAAAGAAGCAUUGACUGCUUUUCGAGAAAUCUGGGGCUAUGAGCCUUCGGUGUUCGGAUCACCAUAUGAUGAAUGGACUUUGGGAUAUAUCAACGGCGUCUGCGCACAACGACGAACUCUGGCGUCCACGCAGGUACCUGGAUUCAACGUGGCGCUCGGGCAGGCGAGCAAACUGCAUGCGUUAUGCCAAGGGAGAAUGCCGCUGCAGCCGCAUGCUAAUGGAAAGCAUAGCAGAUCGCGUUGCUGGGGAUACUUUGAUCUUUAUGAGAGCAACCGUAUCGACGUCCCAGAUUUGGAUGAGAACUUAGACCCUGCUUUCUUAGAAGAGUAUCUGCUGGAGCAGAUCGCCUCGCAUCUGGAGCAUAACGCGGGCCGCAUCUAUCUCACCGUAUCCGAGUAUCUCCAGAUGCGGCGACAAGGGGUCUCGCGUGAAUUCUGGCCUCCGUACGGGACCAUGUAUCGUAAUUACCGACACGAGACUGUACAAAUCAAGCUCGAUUACGCACCUUGUCUGCUACGACACUGGGGGCGCAGCCGCCAUCCGAAGUAUAUCAGCUUGGGCCCAGGCCAGUCGUACUUCCACACCUGUCCCAGCAACAGCGAACACAAACAAGAGUCCCAAGAGGCACCGUUGCGGGAUUCACGAACGCUGGCAUUUAGUAGUGGGGGCCUGCUCUCGGAAACAUUGUAG